AUGGAUCCUGCGUCUUCGCUCUUGCUGGAAGCUUCCUCUGGCACAGAUGAGGCUCCGAUGGAGGAGCAUGGAGGAGAUGCGGUUGACGAGCUUUUUGCUCAGGCACUGGGAUCCACGCUUGCUGCGGGAGGUGGGGGACUUGGUGCUGAGGAGGGCAACAAUGGUUUAUCUGGUGGUGGCAGCGGUGCAAGCAAUGUUGCAAAUCCUGCGACUACCGGGCAAAACAAUGGUGGGUCUGGUACAGUUUCUGGGCCUACAAUAUCAUCGUCUCAGGUGGAUGGGAAUGGUGAUACCCCUACGACAGUUGCUCCUGGUACAACAGCUGGUGCAGUGAUUUCCACAGGUUUGGGUGAUGGGCCCUCAACAGUUCCUGAUACAGCGGUUGCACAAUCGGUCAGCGGUCCUGGUCCAUCAGCUAGUGGAAGUGUGCUGCAGGUGCAAGAAGGUAUCGGGGCAGCUACAAGUGCAAGCACAGAGGUUUUUCAGUUUCAGCAAAGUGCCGGGCCAUCAACAGUUCCUGGUACAGCGGUGGCACAAUCGGUCAGUGGUCCUGGUCCAUCAGCCCAUAUUGGUUUUACCAGCGCGCCGUUUCCUGGAGGUCAUUUUGACAGUGGAACAGGCGAGCAAUACUUGACUGGGCAGAUGACACAAUGGACUCCAAAUAAUGCUGCAGUGCAAGGCAACAAUCCUGGACUGGCGUUUAACACCUACGAGCAGAUCCGAGCCUUGGGACAGCCGCUACAUCGACCUGAACCAGCCCCUACACAAACAGAUUGGAUGGGCCCGAUGAGACAGAUGCUGGGAGAUUUGCUGCAACCUUUAACUUCGAGGUUGGAUGUGUUGGAGCAGGAUAGACAAUCUUCUCAGUCGUCGGCAUUGGGAGCAGUGGAUCAAGCGGCUUUGGCAAGAAUGUUUGCUGGUUUAAAUCUGGAAAGACAGGACUCUGCGGGUUCCCAGGCCCAGGCUGCUUUGGGGGAUCUCCAACCUAGGUCGUCCGAUUCGAUGCGGUCGGCUAGAUCUCAUCCUUCGCAGGAGCUGGGUGAACAGGAGACUGGAACUCGUACACCGGUCGUGGUGACAGAAGGACCGGAGCAGUACACGAUUGCCACGCCUCCUGGUUUGGGACAGCCUGCAAGUGUGGCCAAUGUUUCUUUGGAUGAAAGGGAUCGUGAGUUGGUAGCGUUGCGAGUUCAAGUACAACAGCUACAGAUGCAGUUGCAACAGGUUCUGGCCAGAGAAGCUGCGAGGGCUGGAGAGACUGCUCCUUCAGCGGAAGCAACGCCUCCUCCACCACCGCCACUCCCCAGUAGCCACCAUACACCUGGUGGCACACGUGUUCCUUCGGGGCCUUCAAUGGCUACACCCAAAGUUUUUGGGGUAACAGCUGGCGUGGAUACAUCGUGGCAGGCCAUGGGACCGGCAGUUUGGGAGGUGGUACCGCCACCCCCACCACUACCUCCGGAGAUGAGGGCGAGACCAAGGGCCUUAAUAUCUGAGGAUUCAGCGGCCUUGAUGCCUUCGGAGGAGACCGCCAGAAGUAUUCAGGAUCUGCCUAAGCUGGAGAUCUCCAAGGGCAACACCGAGGAUGCUGGAAUGAUUCUUGGAGACUGGCUGACGGUGGUCAAACCGAUGAUGGCGGGAAUUUCAGCCACGGCGGCAGAGUGGUGGGACCAGGUUACAGGCACGGCCUACAACUAUUACGAUGACUGGCUGGCCGCCUCGCCGCUGAAGAGGUUGGAGCUCCGCGCGGCGCUCACGCUGGCGGCGUUACCUGCAGAUGUUAAGGAGGAAAUGGUAACCAUCCGAGCGGCGCAAACCAUUCCUAUGCUGUUUCGGUUGCUGACCAAGUAUCAACCGGGAGGAGCAGGGGAGAAGCAGGCUUUGCUACGAACGUUAACUGCUCCAGCUGCGGUGAACACGGCGACGGACGGCAUCGCUGGAAUCAGAAAGUGGUCCCGAGCCCUUACCAGAGCUCAGGAGCUGAAACUGGCACUCCCAGACCCAACACUGCUGGUUAAAGCACUGGACCAGAUUACAGCUGCGGUGAUCGCGGGGCAAAGCUUAUUCCGGCUGUCAACUUUUCGGUUGGAAAACAAGAUUGACUAUGCCCCUACCUUGUCCUCUGCCAAGUCCUUCGCGCAGAUGUUGUUGGCGGAACUGGAAAUGGUUACUGGCUCCGAACUUGGAGGACGAAGACCUAAGGUGGCGGCCAUGGAAACAGAAGCGAAAGGAAAGGGCAAGGGCAAAGACAAGGGACAGCGGGAACAUGGGCAAUGCUGGAACUGGAUGACACCUAAGGGGUGUCGAAAGGGCAAUGCCUGCUCCUUUCCGCACGACAAGGCCAGGAUGGUGGGGAGGUGUUACAACUGUUCUGCAGAAGACCACCAGAAGGCCAACUGCCCUUAUCCUACCACCUCUGCAGACACAGCCGCUGCCAAAGAGACCAAUGACAAGGCCACGGAAGCAAAGGGCAGAGGCAAGCACAAGGGAAAGCCCAAGCCCAUCGUGAAGAAGGUGGAGCCGGACGAACCAGCGUCCUCUACGACUUCCGCUUCGUCCUCGACGGCACAGGCAGCUUUUCUUCAGGAGGCAUCCGAGCUCAUCAAGACGAUGAGAUUGGCGGCGUCGCGAGGUGAAACGGAUGGCUGGGGAUUGCUGGAUGGUGGAGCUACGGCCUGCCUCAGAAAGGCAAAGUCCAAUCGGGAGUUCCAACGUGCUGCCCCGAUUACAGUGGCCCUGGCUACCGGCUCGACACAACUCCGGAUUAACGAUGCUGGCACGCUGUUGACCAACGACCCCUCCACGAGUCCCAUUGUGGCCAUGCACGAGCUGAUCCAGCUGGGUACAGGAGUGACCUGGGAUCAAGGUGGUAUCUGCAUCAAGGUCCCGAAGUUUGGCCAGCUUCCAGUACGAUUGGCUACAGGAUGCCCAGAGGUUCCAGAAGCACUGGCCUUAAAGCUCAUUGAAGAUAUUGAGCAGAAGAAGCGGGACAAGAUGGCCUUCGUGAAGGAGCUGCGAAUCCAGAAGGAAGAUGGAGGUGGCCUGGAGCAAGAAGGGACUAUGGUGUUUGAGGAUCCCGUAGCCAUGAAGCGCUGGUUGCAAAAUCAGUUUUUGCAUCUGCCAGAGGGGGUCAUCGAUGCCCUAACCGUUCCUGCCUAUGCCAAAGGAAAUGACUGCUUGCCUUGGAGCCGGAGGACAAGGAAGGCCAUGAUGGCUUCGAAGUUCAUCGUACUGAACCUGUUUGCUGGCAAAACCCGGGGCUUCUUUCAGCACUAUCUGGAUGGCAAGGGUAUGGAUGGGUGUUACGUUAUCGACGUGGACCUGCCUGAAAACCUACUGUGCGACCAAAUGUAUGGGUUUUUGUUGGAGUUGGCCCGAAGUGGCCAUGUCAAAAUGGUGAUGGGCGGACCUCCAGACAAGACGUUUGAGGCACCCAAGCAAUGGAGGGGGAAUGAUCCUCAAGACCGACUUGGCAGAUCUGAGCUCGGUCCUCGCGACCUGCGGGCUGUGGAGAAGGAGAAUGUCCUGAUCCUAAGGCAGUUGGUGCUGUAUAUGGUCGCAGAGGAAGCAAGGAGGCUUCACAACAACAGCCAGGCGGUGGGUCUGGUGUUGGAACACAAGGCGCCAAACAAUGGAGAAAACACCGAAGCUUCGAAACCGGAAAUCUGGAAUUGGCCAGAAGUACAACAUUGUCAAGCGAAGUACAAGUUGGAAAAACUGGAAGUCGACUUUGGCGAUUUGGGUCACCGGACCACGAAACAGCAAGGACUGCUGGUAUCGCACAAGUUGUACUUCGAUGAGGUUUCAAUGGUGAACUGCAAAGACUGUGGUUCGGGGGAGGAAGGAUUGGAUCCUCAAGAAAUGACCAAAGGGCAUGAGUGGCCUGAUGGUUUGAAGUGGGCAGUUCUACAAUUGCUGCUGCGCUUGGUCCCGGGGGGGCUAUCAAUCCAUCGUCUGGAUACAAAGUUCCGACAACAUGUUGCCCAAGGCCAUAUUCCCUUUCGUCGCGAUUGCCUACACUGCCUAGCAGGCGGAGCCAAAGACGGCCAGCAUCGGAGACUGCCUAUCAGCGAAGCCUACACGAUUAGCGCCGAUCUGAGUGGUCCCUACACGGUGGGCUUGGAUGAGUAUGGUCGGGUGAAGUACAUGUGCACGAUGGUUUACACCAUUCCGGUCUUUGCAAAUUUGGAGCCGGAACCAAUGGUGGAAAUUCCUGAAAGAGGUGAUCAAGCUGAAAAGCCUAGGUCUUCAGAGGCAGUCAAUGAGGCCGCAUCCUUGCUGGACGAUGACGGGUUGGUGGGUGUAGACACCACAUCGCUGUUGGGCGAGGACACACCGGAUUAUGAGCCGGAUUUGGAUGAUGAGCGGUGUUCCCAACUGGAUGAGCCACUACCACCUCAGGCAAAGGAUGAAGAAGCCGUCGUCCUAAGGGAUUAUGGGCUGGACUGCGAGGAGGACUGGAACGAUGAGGUGGGUCCCGGUGAAUGGGAGUGCAACGAGGAACAAGCUGAAGCCUGGAAACAAUAUCUGGUCAAGGCUCGCGAACAGGCGGACUCGGUGGCUCCUCAAGACUUGAAGUUGGACAAGCUACAGAUGGUGGAGCUCACUUUCGCUGAGAGCCUACGAGACAAGACCCCAGCAUCUGUGGUUGGAGCCAUAGGUCGCGUUUACAGCAAGCUGAAAAUGUGGGGAAUGCAUGUGGCCAGGUUUCAUACCGACAAAGGAGGCGAGUUUCUCAAUGCCCCCGUCUGUCGUUGGCUUCAAGAUAGAGGAAUUUAUCAAACCUGUGGACAGGGCGGAUCCUACAAGCAAAAUGGCAGGGCAGAAGCUGCAGUUGGUAUUUGCAAAAGGGCCACCAGGACGUUGCUGCAUGGUGAAACGUCGGCCAAGCGACUUUGGCCGGGCGCCUGGCGAUGGGUGGCUGAGCGACGCCUUCGCAGGGCCUUAGCCCGACUGGGCAUGCCUGUCAAGCCUUUGGUUCCGUUUGGUACAGUGGUUUGGAUCCGCAAAAGACACUGGCAUAAGGCUGAACAAUGGGAUGAUCGUGUCCACAAAGGCGUGGCGAUUGCCCCGGCGCAACAUGUUUCCAGGGGCUAUGUGGUGAAAGUGGGAAACGAUUUCUUCACGACAACCACGCUGUUUCAAAAUGCGCAAAUGGCGGAUACUGGUGCAAUUUCGGCCAUGGAUGAGGUGGAAGUGGACGCUGUGCCUCCUCGACAGCGAGCUCGCGGCAAACAGGGCUUGGCCUCAUUGUCGGUAGCACCAGCAGCACUGUCCUGUCCAGGGCAUGACAGGGAGCAAACUGGACACAGUCUGGUACAAGCUUGGAAAAAGGCGGACUCCUGGAUCUCUGGACCCUUGCAAGAAACAAUCGAGUGGCUGCAGGAUUCCUUGAGCGGGACAAAGUUACGCAGCGUCCUGAAUGCCAUCCUCGCAGCUGCUUUCCCAAAUGACACCUGGACCUCGUCUACCCUUUCGGUGAACAAUUGGCUGGGGCCGCAUCGUGAUAUCUUCAAUCAACGUGGGACGAGUAAUCUGCUGGUAUGCCUUUCACCCUCCAUUUCUAUCUGGACUGAAGUGGAACCACCCUUCACUGGCCUGGGCUCGGAAGAGUUGGUCUGGAAGGAGGUUCGCCCAGGCCUCUGGAAGCCGGGCCAGAUUCAUCGCCUUCGUUGCGGGGAUUCGAUGAGAUUGGAUCCACGCAAGUGGCAUGCUUCGGAGGAUGGUGAAGAAAAGGGCCCACGCGUGCUGGCGGUGGCUUUUUCCUUGGCAGUGCACGCCAGGCCAAGGGUCGCCAAACUUCGCCUGCGACAGCGAGAGGAAGGAGAAGCCGAUGGGCCUGCAAGGCAAGUGGAGCAUACACAAAUUCAGUACACUGUGUUGGAUGCUGCAACUGCGGAUCGGUUGUUUCAGGAGAGAUGGACCCAUGAGCAGGCCAAUGCUCACGACCUGGAUCCACAUCCCUUGCAGCGCUUUGUGGACGACUGGGAAGGUGAGUGGUCCCCAGUGCUCCCACCGGAUGGCAUCCUACCUACGACGGAAACUGUCGACCAGGCGGCCUCAGCAGCCUACGAGUAUCGCUUCAGGUGGGCAGGUUUGCUACCAGAUCCGGAAAUCGACCCCAAUCAAGUCCUGAGGGACCCAAGUAUUCGAUUGGACCGGGUCAAUCCGCCUGAGGAGGGAAUGCAGAUCGAUCCUGUAAUUCAGAGGCAUUUGGUUGAUGAGGAUGAUCCAGAAUCAAGGAGGCGGGCGCUAACAGAUGAUCGGCCGGAUCUCACCAUGGCGACGAUUAUCAACUACCGCUACAUGUACGACGAUGAAAAUCAGCUGGAAAUUCAUCAGUUUGCCAUGAUGGUAAAUCAUACAGUGGGCUACGAGGAGGCACCUCACUGGCAACCCCUCGACAUCGUCAUUCGGUCCGAGGUCCUCUACGAGCUGCAAGAACCUCAGCAGGCAGAAGAAAACGAGGAGGAGCCUCCAGACGAUGAUGAGGACGUGGAUCAAGGAGACGAUGAAGAUGAUGAUCCACCGGGAGAUGGUCCAGAUGGCCCAGGUGGAGGUGGACGAGGCCGUUCGAGAACGCCGGAAAUCCGGUACGAGGACUAUAGAAAUGUUCGGCCUCGCUAUCAACUUCGUCUAGAACACAGCGAUGCCCUGAAAAUGCUGGAUGCUGCAGAAAGUUUUUUGGUUCCGGAGGAGGCGGGAAUGUUGUAUCAAAGCAAAAACAGCCUUGGAACCGGGGGAGCAGCGACUGGCGUGGUGGGACAUGUUGUGGCCUCCGAGAUACCCAUUGGUUUUGAAGCUGAUGAGCAGAGCGACCUGCUGGAUGGCAUGCAGCUGGGAUUGAAAAGAUUAGGGCUACAUGAACAACAAAAGCUGCAACAAGACCUUUGGGAUCAAUCCAGCUUGGACGAGGAGCCGGACACUUGGACCUUGAAGGAUCAAGUCACGCAGGUACGGGCCAUACACGAGCAAGCAGACCAGGUGGAAGAUGAUCUUCGACUGUUGAAGAGCAUGUCUGUGGAAACAAAUGUUGGAGGUACGGGCGCUCCUACUGAUGUUUUUCCGGAGGUGUUCUUGCAAACGAAGACAAUUCAGCAAGCCCAGGUACUGCAGGAGCUGCCAGCGUGGACACCAGCGAUGAGUGCCGAGUAUAACACGAUUCGCCAUGAGAAGGCUGCAAUAGAGCCAAUCACCGAGCAGCAAAUCCGGGUCAUGGAGGAGGACGACAGCCUGAUCGUGAAGAGGAUUCCGGCAAAAAUGGUGUUCACAAGAAAGGCGGUCAGUGGACAACGCAAAGCGAGGGCAUGCGCGUGUGGGAACUUUCUCCAGGCCGAGGAAAGCAGCAAAACAAAGCAGGAGCUCCGGGAGGAGUUAUAUGCGGCUGGUAUUGACAUUACUGUGCUACGUACCAUGCUUGCUGUGGGGGCUCGUCGUGGCUGGAAGGCUGGAACGACGGACAUCAAGGGGGCCUUCCUGAAUGCCCCGCUACUUCAGCGGACCAAAACCAAAACAGAACGCAUCAUUUUGGACCCGCCGAAAAUCCUGUCCCGAGCUGGAAUUAUCCCUCCGUAUGAAAAGUGGUUGGUGACCCGUGCAUUAUACGGAUUGGACAUUUCGCCUAAGAGCUGGGCAGUAUUUCGAAAUCAACAACUUAAUGGCCGAAGAUUUCAGAGUGGAGGAGCGUGGUACACCUGGCAGGCUUGUCGCACAGAUCAAAAUUUGUGGAGAAUUUUAUCCGAGGAUGGAAGAUUGUGCGGCUUGGUUUCCAUCUAUGUCGAUGACAUUUUGGGAGUCAUGGAAGAUGGGGUACUACAAUCGUGCUUCAGCGAUCUGUCGCAGCUCUGGGCAUGCUCUACACCAGAGUACGUGGCCCAAGGAUCUGUUCGUUUUUGCGGAUUCGAUAUAUCGGAAGGAUCUGAUGAUCGCCGUGGAUUUUUGCUCCGGCAGGAGGCGUAUAUCGACGAAAUCUUGGAACGAUUCGAGAGCGAGCAUCAAGGCAGCCUACGAACUUCCAAGGUUCCUGCGUUGAGGUAUGAUCUUCCUCAUGACAAAAAGGAGAUGGAUCCUCUGCAGGUGAAGCUGGCCCAAAAGCUGAUUGGUGAGUUAAAUUGGACUGGAACCCGUACAAGACCCGAUAUCAUCUUUGCCAUCAGCAAGGCGGCUCAAUGCAUUACCAGGGAUGCUGUUUUGGCGGUGGAAGCAGCAACUCAAAUCUUCAAGUUCCUCAAGGCCACCAAGGAGGAGGGCCUUCGCUAUGUGGCCAAUCCGGAUUCUUUUGGGAAGCAUCAGGAGUUAAGGGUGCCUAGGAAAGAGGCGUUGGUGGAGGUUUUUACUGAUGCCAGCCACGCUCCCGAUGCCGGACGUUCCCAAGAAUGUGUACAUGUUUUUGCUGCAGGCCAAUUAAUUGGUUGGUCGUCCAACAAGCAAACUAUGACCAGCCUCAGUACAGCAGAAAGCGAACUGUGUGCAGUGUUGGAAGGGGUAGCUUAUGGUGAGGGAACCAAAUGUGUUUUGGAAGAAAUAUUGCAGGUUCCUGUUCAGGCUGUGAUCUACUGCGAUAAUGCUGCUACGGUUGCCUUAGUCACAGGAAGCUCCAACCUUUGGCGGACCCGAGGGUUAAAGAUCAAGGCUGCAGCACUCCAGGAGCGAUUACAAUGCGAUAUUUGGCAGAUGUAUCACCUUGAUGGUGUUUACAUGACCGCAGAUUUGGGCACAAAACCCCUUACUGCGAGUAGAGUGGACGAGCUGAGGAAGCUGAUCAACAUGGGAGGGCCAACAAGCUGUCGACCUCAAGCUAGCAGGCUGCAAGCGACGAAUAUGAUGAAGAUUUUGGUGUGUUUGGCCAUGUUGAGUACAGUGGAUGGUGCAACAAUGGAGCAAGCGAUGACAAUGGAUGAUAUGGCGACAGUCGUCACGUUGAACUCCGGGCAGACGGCGCUUUGGAUGGGCCUGACUGCUAUGGUGCUCAGUAUCCUCUUUUUGUGGGAAACAGCAUGGUUUUUGGCAGGAUAUCAGAGGAUUAAGGCCCGGUCCAAGGAAGACCCGUCCUCGCUACCAUCGUCUUCAGCUCCAACAUCCACUGGGAUGGAAUCAACCACGGCCACUGGGACGGCGUCGAACACAUCCACUGGGAUGACCUCGAGCACGCCCCCUGGGAUGACGCCGACUCCAUCCACUGGGAUGUCAUCGGCUCCUACGGCUUCUUCGUCGGCGCCUAUGCCUCCACGCAAGGCGCCCCCAGUCCGACCACCACGUUCGGUGGAACCAGCCGGAUCCGAGGAUUAUUGGACGACACGAGGGGGAUGGCAUGUAAGGGUCCAUCGACAACCACGAAUCCAACUGUUUGACCCCUGCGAUGCUGCCAGACCCUUCGGGUUGGAGGAGUUGACUGGUGACCGCGUUACCUAUGUCACCUUUCAAAAUGAUGGUGAGACCCAGGUCAUCCGAGAUAUCUUCCGUUACAAGGUGGACGCCAAGCGACGACUGGACCGCACUUGGAAGGGAGUCACGGAGUUCGUCAUUCGUUGA